AUGGCGCUGGAGCAGCUGCCCAACGUGGACAGCGUCGGCGUCUCGCGCUCGCCCUACAGCGCGGCCAAGAACGGCUUCGUCUACACCGUCACGUUCGACGGCGCGUACCUCGUGAGCGGGCAGCAGGCCAACACGCUCGUGGGGGACGCGAGCGCGUGCCAGGACGUGCAGCCGCCCAACCGCGCGCUGUCGUUCGAGGGCGCGCGCGUCACGCCGGGCGUCUCCGGAUUCUACCCGGAGGUGUGGGAGAUCGUGUCGACCGACGCGGCCAACGCGCAGGUGCUGGGGGGCACGUUCGACUUGUCGGUGGGCUUCGAAGGCGUCUGGGUGGCGGCCACCCCCGCGGUGACGGCCACGGUGACCGCAGGCUCGAGAACGGCGACGACGAGCGCGUCGAUGCUCGGGCGCGUGAAUCGAGGAGACCGCGUGCGCAUCGGCGGAGAGGAGUUCAGGGUGCACGCCACCGCGCCCUUCACAGACACCACGCUGCCGCUGGAUUCGUACCACGUGCGCGGCGCCAGUGGAGCUCCGAUUCAGGUCAUGGACACGGCGCUGGGCAACGUUCAGGUCACGGGGGGAUCAAGGUCCGUGAUCACCUCUGGCGACUUCAGCAGUCGAAUUGCGGGUGGAGAGCAGAUUCGAAUAGGCGACAGGGACGUUGCGGUCGCGAUCGUUGUAGCUGGCACAAUAACGCUGUCGAGCGCGUGGCCUGACGCGUCCAAUUUGCACGUGACGGCGUAUGUACGCAAGAAGGCGACGUUGAGUGUGAGCGCGGAGGCCGCAGAGAUGAAGCGCGCGUUGAGCGCGUUGCCUGGAGUUGGGGCCAUCGACGUCUCGCGUGUUGGGCCCUCACUUUCGAAUGGAUAUCGAUGGCACGUCACGUUCCAGUCGCUGGACAGCACCUGCCCGACGUCACCAUGCCUUCGUGUCGAUAUGAAGACGGGUACUACAAACUUUGUGGACGUGUAUGGCGACACCUGCGCUACGUGCUCAGUGACAGCGUCGAUCGUGAAAGAUGAUACGCGGGUCACUACCUUACGAGCGAUCGACGGGGACUACGCGGACAGUGCGAUCGUCGCCUCACAAGAAGUUGGCGGAGCGGUGCCUGAAGUGCAGUCGAUCUCCACGACAGCAAGUGCCGAUGACAUCAGCGGCUCGUUCCCACUCAGUUUCCAAGGAGCUAGCGGCGCAGUGAUCAACUUUGACGACACCGCAGCCGACGUCCGGGCCAAGCUCCAGAGUCUGCCUACGGUUGGGCGGCUGAACGUGACCAGGGCGGACAAUUCAAACUUCGGCGUGACGUGGACUGUCACCUUUCUGUCGAAUAUGGGGGACUUGCCUCUGUUCGUUGUGGGCAACACGCAGCUGCUGAAAGGCACAGGGGCGGAUGUCGUGGUGCAGGAGGUCGUGAAAGGCGUGGAUGUGUCUCUGGAAACGAUAAUUGAUGGACUGGUUCCAGGUGAAGAUUACUAUGUGCGCGCAUACGCCCGCAACGAGAACGGAUACGGCGCGAGCACAACGGACUUGCAGCAGAGCGGGCGAGGCGCCUUGCCGCUCCUCACUUCCGUGGCAACCUCUCCGGAUGCACCGGGCGUGAAUGGAAUAUGGCCGUUGUCAGGCUCGCAGAUGGAGCUUCGUCUCUCCAGCCCAGUGGAUCAUGGCGAUCCCGUGUCGAAGUAUUUGUUUGAGUACGCGGUCGGUGACACGUUUGGAACUCCAGCGACCAAGAAGGUUUAUGUGUUUAAUUCUCGCGAAGACGACGCUGCUGGGACUUUUCGGUUGCAGUAUGGCGACGAUGUUACGUCAAUGUUAUCAGUGGACACGACAGCUAGCGCUCUGGAGACUGCCUUGAAUAGCCUCCCAUGCCUGCGGCCAGUUUCAGUCACGCGCGCGGUGUAUGUGCUUACAGGAGGGGUGACUAAUGGCGUGAUCUCGUUUGAUCCCAACGCCAACGUUCUCACUACGACGGUCUUGACAGACACUCAGAGCAAAUUGUUGGUUAAAGGGGCAGCCAUUGAUGUUGAAGGGGCUCGAUUUACAGUUCGAACGCAGCCAACAGCAGGCAGCACAAGUGUCAACGUGGAGCCUGGAAGCACAGUACCGAGCUUCAACGCAGCUAUCCAGCCGAAGGCUGCACUCAGGUUGGACGAUUCGGGUAGUGCGCAUGGUUCGUAUGGGUACGUGUGGACAAUUUCGUUCGACAAUGUUGUUGGCGACGUUGUGGACAGCAAAUACCCCGGUCUGCAGCUGCUUUCUUCGCUUUCUUCGGUCAAAACAGGCUCAGCACUAACGACUGGGAUCACUGCUGGCCCAGCUGCUGUCCCCGCUACCCACUACGGCUACUUCGAGAUCAACAACGACGAGCGCGUGUGCGAUACGUACGUUGUCGGAGCACCUUCGUCAGUUCAAGUAUUACAGCUCUUUGGCCCUACAACCGCUACGGCCGGUAGUUUCAAGAUCAAACUGGGGAGUGAGACAACUGGCUGCGUUACCUUGGGCAAGCAAGGCACGCCGACUAAUAUGAAGGCGAUGCUGGAAGCUCUCGACUUCGUGUCCAAAGUGACGGUGGAGGAGGUGCUAGCAUUCAAGGUGUCCGUAUUGACUGGGACCUCCACGUCCAAAGUUACCGCCUACGACAGUACGCUCACCACGAUUACUGUUGUUAGUACAGAUACUACAGUAACACCAAAUGGAGGUCUUACUGGUGGCCAAGUCGCUGUUCUGCUCCGAAACACCGUCAUCCAAGUGAGCCGGAACCCCAACGACUUUUCACGGCACUCGUGCAGGUUUGUUAUCAACACGACCCCGGCCAUCGGAGCUAAAACCAUCUCCGUUACCCCCUCUGGGUCUGGGACCUGUACCAGCUUUACAGGCGAGGCCCGGAGUUUGAAGAUCUUGGACUUUUACGACUACGAGGUGCGCUUCUGGGGGCACUAUCCGACCAGCGAGUGGCCGACGCUGCAGUUUGACUCGGCAACAUUCGGAACCGGCGCCGGCGGUUGUGCGGCGUGGGCACCGACUGUGCCAAAUCAACCGGUGUACGGCCAAGUCCAUACUGUCAAGUAUGAGGGCGCGUGCUCGAAAGGCCAAGAUGGGAUUCAGACGAUCCUCGCAGACGCCUCGAGUGCCAUCGGCGGGACAUUCACACUGUCGUACAUGGGAGAAGUGACGCCAUCGCUGCCGUUCCAAACAACAGGAGCGGCUGAGAUGCGCGAUGCGAUCGACUCCAUCACUGCGCCGGGGACCGUCAACGUGAGCGUGAGUCGGUAUGGCACCUACGGGAAGGCGUGGCACGUGACGUUCGUGCAGUCGCAAGACGAAGAGCAAGACGCCAUCUUCAUCCAGCACUCGCGUCUGACCGGCCAGAGCGCGCUGAUCAGCGUCUACCCCACUGUCACAGUGUUUACAGACGCCAAUCAGAACGACAUCAGCGGCUCGUUCUGGAUAACGUUUAACGGUGAAGUGACCGAGCCGAUUGGGUUCUCGGCAACGCACAUGAAGGUCACCCAGGAGCUGCAGAAGCUCAGUGUCGUGGACUCGGUGGUGGCGCUUGGUGACGCGAGUGCAGGAGACAUUGGGGUUUACUCGCUACUUCUCACUGCUGACGCUACGGGAGGCAGCCGAACGCUGUCCAACAUUAAGCUCAAAGUUGGUGGGAUGUCCAUCGACCCCACCCGAUUUCUAGCUAUUGGCGAGACGCUAGUGAUCGGCGCGAACCCCGCGAACACCAUUCAGUCCAUGACGCCCGUGGAUAUCACCCUGACUGACCCAUUCCCUGGCACGACACCGAUUCAGAACUACGACGUGUCCGCCGGCUUGAUCACGAAACAGACGAAGCCGUUGCCUGGGUUCGUCGGCAUCUCGCCUCUCAUGCGAGUUGUUGCGGCGACGAACGGUCUGAACACGUUUCAGCUGCCUGCAGACCAUGGAUUUAUCGUGGGUAACCCAUUCUUCAUUGCUGGAACAAUGUUCACAGUCACAGGGUUGUCUGGAGCGAGUGUCGUCACCACCGACUUGGCAUACCCAGGUGAGACUGUCGUUAGUGGCAGCCCAGCAGUGUAUCUUUUCGACAACAGACUGCAGACGACGGAGGACCUGAGGAACUUAAUAGCUGCUGGUGAAGACCUGUGGCUCCCCUCUGUAUCGGCAGACAUGACCAAGUACAGAGUUGACGCGGUAACGCAGAGAUAUCUGCAGGUGACAGGGACUAUCUCGACGCCCAUUACGAGGUUGCAAGCCUACCAUGUAUCUUAUGGACGGAAGUGGAACCUCGUCUUCCGGUCUUACGAUGGAAGCCUCGACACUGUUGAUGCCAUUCCAGGCCACGACUGGCGCGGGACUGACGCCCGCAUCGGUACGCGCAGCCCGAAAGCCGUGUCUCCCAAUGUGAUUAAUGUGGGGAACCCCGCUGCUGUGCAGACCAUUCUUCUGGUAGUCGCCAAUACCGGGAUUGCUACACCGUACACUCUAAGCUUCGCGGACGAGACAGUCGUGGACGCAGGGACCACUAGCCCGACUAACAUCCCGUGGGCAACCAUCAACGACGACCUGAAGACUCUACUUGAGACCCUUGAUAGUGUGGACGGCGUCACCGUCACAUCCAUGGUGAACGGCGGUACUGUCGUCCACACUGUUUCAUUCUGGGGAACGUACCCGAUGAAGAAAUUGCCGCUGCUCGUAGUCACGCCCGACCUCUCUGGAAACUUAAAGGCGUACGUUCGUGACAAUGACGCAGUUGCUGUGACCAAGCAAGACAACUUGAUCCUCGAAAGCAGUCAGAACUACGCCUUCCGCGUCUUUGCUGAGAAUUCAAGGGGUAUUAGUGACUCGGUGUCAAUUUUUGAAGCUCAGACAUCGGCAAGCUCCGUUGUUCCGACCCCACCGACCGGUGUAGCGCUCGGAGAGUUUCAUGGAUCCACGUGGCUAUCGCUGAACUAUUGGGCCCCGCUUUAUUCGGGAGGAGCGGACGUGACGAUGUAUCGAGUAGAAUGGGAUUCGUCGCCUAACUUCGACAGCUCAAGCGCUGACUACGGUGUGGCAAGUAUCCAGAGGGUGUUUGAAGUACAACAGGUGACGACGACGUAUCGUAAAGCUAUUGGUGCUGGAGGCACGUUUACCCUAGCUUGGGGCGGACGGAAGACUACCCCCUUGCCAUUCGACUGCUCUGAGGCGGAUAUGACCGACGCCCUGGCGAUCAUCACGGACACUACCGACGUUGCUGUCGACCCGGUGAAAGUUACGCGAUCACAAGUGUCCUUGGUGGACGCGUUGAAAAUAUCCUGGAAGAUCACCUUCCUUCACAACCCAGGCGACUUGGCCCCGCUUGUUGCCGACGGGAGGCAGCUGACGGGCGACUUCCCUCAAAUCCAGGUUACUGAGCUUAUCCAGGGCUUCAAUGAUCUGGAUAUUGGGGAUUUUACGCACGAAGUCCAGGAGGUUUUCACGGAUGGCGUGUCAGAGGUGGACGGGUCAUUUGCACUGACAUUCAACGGCAAGACGACGAGGACGAUCCUAGUAGGCGCGUCGACUCUGGAGAUGCAGGCGGCGCUGCAAGCGACGACCACGACGUACUCCAUCAAGGUCACAAAGGCGAUACGCAACGCGGCGAUCAACACCGCCAUUUGGUCUGUUACGUUCGCGUAUCUCCGAGGCGAGGAGAUGGUUGGUGCUGGCAACAUAUUCACCAUGACGGUGACAAACCCGCAGCUGACGGGGACGAACGCCGUGGUUCGCGUCGCUAACAAGAUCACAGGGUCCGACCCUUUUCGGUUCUCGCUCACGGGCCUUCGACCAGGCGUGAAGUACUACGCGCACGUGAUGGCGUACAAUGAAGAUGGGUUCGGGUCCGCGACGUCGCCACUCGCAAGUGCUAUGACCUGCACUCAGCCACCUGCCCCCCAGUCCGUCACCGCCAGCGUCGUGGAUGGAACCACGCUGCAAGUUGACUGGAGUGCGAGUGCAAUGAAUGGUGAAUCUUGCAGUGUGGACAAGUACAAGGUUGAGUGGUAUCGCGCUGAAGGAACUCAGGAGCAACAAACGAUCACGACAUCUGCUGGAAAGGGACUACCGGAGAUCCAGCGGCUGGUGAACUUCGCUGACUCACAGUCAUUAGGCGGAUACUUUAAGUUAUCAUUCAGAGGCGAAGUGACGGAGAACAUCCGCUGGGAUGCACCAGCAACCGGUGUGAACUCGGUGAAGGAACGGUUGGAACGUUUAUCGACGAUUGGCACAGUGGAUGUUUCAAAGCAAGAGUCGACCCGAGUCGUCAGCGGGUUUCUCGUGACAUCUGCAGGGACGACCGUCACAACCUCCGUUGCUUAUGGCAACCUAUUAGCACCGAACGAUAAAAUCUGGAUUGCCGGAAACCAGCGAUCGAUUCGCACCGUUCCAACUGCAACCACUUUCACUAUCGACACAGCUCUCGACGUCACGGUUCCGAUACCAGUUUUCAAGAGCGCGUUCGGUUACGAGUGGAAGAUCACGUUCUUGGCAGGCCACGUCGGGCCUCAGGAACUGAUGCAAGUGUUUCCAAGUGACAGUUGGGCCGGUACGAACCCUGGUAUUCUCGUCGAAUUCAUUCAGAAGGGCCUCCAACCGAUCAGCGGGGCGUUUCGAGUCACCUUUGCAAGUGGAGGCCUAUCGGACACUACACCAUCUUUGGCUCACAAUGUUUCAGCAGCUGAUUUACAGACAGCACUCGAAAGUCUGGUCACAAUUGGGGCUGUCGGCGUCAGCAGAUCAACCAACGGAUACGGAUUCAACUGGGUUGUCACGUUCCUGUCGGAGUUUAAGAAUGAUAUUUCGCUUUUGAGCGUCGAUGGAACAGAGUUGCAAGGCCCAGGCGCGCGAAUCCUUGCCGCGCCAACACUCGCUGGAGUUCAGCCACCGUUCUACUGUGAACGGAACGAGAUUGUAGGAGUAGCUGCCGAGGUCGGAGUCCCCAGUCAGCUGCGUUACGUUAUUCCAGGCUUGAAGACAGGCCAGAAGUAUGGCAUCCGGGUGCGAGCACACAACAAAGAAGGCUAUGGCUACGCUGCCAGCAUCAGCCCGACGUUUCAAAUCCCCAGAUCGACGCCCUCUGCUCCUUCAGGCGUGGAGCUGCUCGCACUUUCGAGUCGACUAUUGAAAGUGCGGUGGAGAAAUCCUGCUAGCAACGGUGGAACAGUCAUCACCUCGUACGGUGUUCAAUGGGAUACGUCUGCUGACUUCACUAACCCCGCCAGAGGAGACCUACAGGUAGCGCCGACCGACGUGGCUCCGUUUUACUUCAAUAUCCCAGUCACAAGUGCGACGAAAUACUUCGUCCGAGUGUUUGCUGUGAACGAACAAGGAGCUGGGGAUUUCGGAGUACCAAGUCCCAGCAGUAUCACCCCCUCGGAUCGAACACCCGGACGACCAGAGGCAGCGACGGCGACGGUUCUGUCGAGCUACGCGAUUUUGGUGGAGUGGAAAGUGUCUUCGACCGAGAAAAGUUACUUCGGAGGAGACGGUGGGCUUCCGAUCACUCAGUACAUGAUCGAGUGGGACCGCUCAGCAGCGUUUGAUUCCCCUCCAGCGUUCGGACUUGUUGACGGCACAAAGCGAUCGUAUAUUAUCGGCGGCGAUGACGCGUUUACUGGAGUCCGGUCGGAUAUGCUGAUUGCUGGGUUGACUUACAGCAUUCGCGUCACUGCAUUCAACGCGAAGGGUGCUGGCGCCCCUCAACCAACCACUCCCGCGUCCGUCACUGUGGCGGAUCAACCACCAAGCGCGCCGCAGAACUUGAAACUAUCGGUAAUUUCGGCAGAUUCACUGAAAGCGGACUGGACGAACCCGCUGUACGACGGUGGGUCCAGCCUCAAGUCCUACCAAAUCGAGUGGGACGAUCAGGAGGAUUUUUCCAGCGAACAAAGCUCCAGCGCGACGAUCCCGAUUAUUCGGGAAAUGCAGUCGAUCACGCUGCAGAACGACGUUGUCAAUGAAGAGCAGUUUGUGGAUGCUACGGUGAAGGUUACGAAUGAAGAGCAAGUAGUACGAACCACGUUCAAUGGAGUUGACGAGGUGCAGGUAAUCAAAACGACCAACCUAGCCGUGGUGGAUGAGGUGCAGUUCGUGAAAACAUCGGCUACCGAUCGCAAUGAAGUUCAGGAGCUGCGACUGGAUGGAGAUGACGUCGACGAGAUUCAGGCGAUUCGGACGACAGUCCCCGAAGCGCUCGAAGUUCAGACGCUGCAGGUCGGAGUCACCCGCGUAAAUGAAGUCCAAACGAUAUCGCUCACUCUCCCGGGGGCCUUUGCGGACCCUUUACACACCAUCGCAGGCACCAUCUUCUUCUCGUUCGACAGCAGUAUUUGCACGCACUGUGUCAAGAAGAUGUACCAGCGCACUGGCAACCUCAUCACAUCGCUUCAAACUACUCCAGGCGGGGAGUCGAUAGUAGAGACGGCAUUGAAAGGCCUUGCAAAUAUCGAUGCUGUGACAGUCACCAGGACGCAGAAUACCGUCGGACCGGACCUCACGUACGUCUACUCCAUCACGUUUACCGGGCUGUAUGUGGCAGGGAACGUGCCAUCUCUCGGCAUCGAUGCCGCUGUCACUGUUAGCGGAGUCAGCGUCUCUGGACUCCCAACUCUAGCCACCCAAUUAACCGUUGGCAGUGAACUGGCUUACUCCGCUGCGGCCUUGUUCACGGUCACUUACACCUGCGAGUCCUACUCGGACCCGAAUGCGAUCACGACUUUCAGUACAGCGUGCACCCCCGCCGCCAAUGCUGUUAUCUGUGCGACUUGUGUUACGGGUUUUGACGGGACGACGUUCACGAUUUCCCAAGAUUUGGGUGCUGUGGCGUAUGUUGCCACUGGGGCCAAGCUCAUCGCAGGCGUGUGCUCCUUUGAAGCGGGGACGGUGACUCCAACCACUGGUGUUUCGACGACAAUCACCGUGGCUGCGAACGAUGUGGGCUCGUACUGCAGCAAGUUCUCGGGUCAAACGCUCGCGCUCUACAAAGCACCGCAGAUCGCCAGGGAUAUUCCAUUCAAGACGACAGCCACGACGAUAUCCACGGGGAGUGUGGUGGAAGGACUCUUGACUGGCGCGAUUGACUCGGUGACUGUGGCGCGCAGCGAGUUGGUUACGGCAACUUUCGUUGGAUCACUGUACACUGUCACGAUCCGGAAGCGGUCUGGCACAGUGCCGCUGUUGAAGUGUGUAGCCACAACGCCAGCCGCCUGCACGGUCGCGAGGACGGUCGUGGGGAGUAUGAUCACUGGCACCUUUCAGAUCGGGCUCAUAAGCCAAGCGGAUGAAACUUCGGUGUCUCCUACCCCACAGUACACAGGUGACAUCCCGUGGGACGCGUCGGAGGCGCUGAUGAAGAGCUCGCUGGAGGCUGUUGUGACGCCGAGCUUGAAGCAGGUUUUCGGGACGGUGAGUGUAAAGCGGACGGUGUACGCUCCGACGGGCAACAAGUGGUCGGGAGGUUUCACGUGGCAGAUCACGUUCACCAACGCGACGCACCCGCUCAACCCCUUUGCUAACAGUCGGGACGGGAACCAAGUCAUGGGGACUAUGAUGCUGAAGUUCAAGGAUGUAGCGUCUUCUCUCCCCUGUCAAGUUGGAGUGCAGACCUCGCUCGCAACGUUGGAUGCCCAGGUACAAGACGCCGUGCUGGAGUCGUUUAUCCGGACGAACCUCAAGAUCCCAAGUAUUCAAAUCAUGCGGUCCGCUGCGACUCAGGCGAGAGGGUUUACAUGGACGAUUACCUUCUCCGACCCGACAACUGCAGGCGACGUGGGCUUACUGCAGAUCGUAUCGUCGACGCUAACCGGUCAGAAUGUGAGGACAGGUGUCUACGAGACUACGAAGGGCAACCAGCUAGGCGGCACCUUCCAGCUGAGCUUCAACGGGGAAACUACCGCGCCGAUCCCGUUUGCCGCUGAUGCCUCAGACAUGGAGACGGAGUUGAACAAAUUGGGGACGAUCCAGCCCAGCAGUGUGAUCGUGUCUCGAGGACCCCCGACUUCGGACCAAGUGAUGGGAUAUACGUGGUACAUCACGUUCCAUUCCUCCGUGUGGGCCGACCCUACUAGCGAUCACUCCAAAGGUAUCACGGGUAAUUGGAAGAGUUCAUCGCCCGCGAAGUGGGGGGACGUGUGGGAGUCGGGCUACUCGAAAGCUUGGGGACGUCAUGUUGGGCGCCCACCGCUUAUAACCUGCAUCACGGAUGGACUCACAACUAGCGCCAGCGACGGGAGUCAAAGCUGCGUGGCGAAUGAGGCGACUAAGGGCGUCGGGCCGAUUCGUGGAUCGUUUGCUGUGUCCUUGGAUACGACCGUAGCUUCCGCUGUUCAUAUGGCGGUGAACUCCGCUGUCCCUAGUGGAGCUAUCGCUCAUAACGCGUGGGCUACGAAGGAGGAGAGUGGCAAUACAGGAACGUCCGUCGAAGAGAUACUGGAAAGCAUGGCAAAUGUCGGGGAUGUCGCAGUUUCGAGGGGAAAUGUGGACACGACGAACGGAUGCUACGAGUGGACAGUGACGUUUCUGAGAGAUGCGAGCGAUGCUACUCAUCCAUGUGAACAGCUCGAGGAAUCGGCAGGCUCUCAACUGUGCAACGCCCCGGGGAAUGUCCCUCAAAUGGGCACCGUUGGUACGCUGCUAACUGGAUCAACCUCAGCGGCUGCAGUGACGACUGUCCGGGACGGUACCAUCCUGCGCGGAGACUUUACAGAUUUCCGAGUUGAAGGCGACGAUGGCGUAGCGCAGACGAACACAGUUACGGUCACCUGCCCCAACACAGGACCGUGUACAGUGACAUCGCUUACGCUCGAGGCUGGAGGCAACCUCGAGCUACUACCGCAGGAUCGCUUCACGGUGGGAACGUUCACGAACUGUAUCUUCCAGGUGGCGAGCGUUGUAGCACAGACGAUCAACGUCGCGUCCACUACCUGCGUUGGGAUGAAUACCGGCGCGAAUACGCAUCUGGGGAUCUCUAUGCUGCUGCCGUGGAACGCGGACGAAAACCUCGUCGAGCGUGUGCUGGAAGCGGCGACCAGCGAUACCGGACGCAAGGUGCGCGUUGAUCGCACGGUGCACGGGAAGUAUGGCGAGAUGUCGUGGCACGUUCGCUUCAUUUCUAACCCGGGAUUUACUCCGCUUGGAGCUGGUAAAUUACCGGGCAUCACGACUGCAUUUGCCGCUGAAGCUGGCUCGAGUAAUUACGACGUGACUGUGACGCAAGUGACUCCUGGCUCCGAUGGACUCAGCGGCUCCUUCUUGCUUGACUUCAAGUCGUCUUCGUUCGGGCCUCGUGAGAUUUCGUUUGAUGAAGACCCCGACCGCUUGCAACGCAAGCUCAACGAGAUGGACACGAUCGGGCACGUGACGGUGAAGCGGUUCAAGUACCCGUCUACCACUACGGGGUGUGAUGAUGCAACGUGCUCGGGUGGUUGGGACGAUCAGCCUGUUCAAAACCAGGGGACACGGGGAGGGUAUCGGUGGAGGAUCCGGUUCAUGCAGGCUACAGGCGACUACAACGGGUACACUUUCCCUCCUGGUAGUGGGAACGUAGCGUCGUUAUCGGUGUCUCGGUCGUCCACGCUGCUAGGGACUGGGGUAUCCGUUGACGUGUAUACCAACGUUCCCGGUUCAUCACCGACAACGGGGACGUUUUCGCUCAACACUACCGAAAACCAAACGCCGGCUCUACCGUAUUCAGCGUCAGCGGAAGCCAUACAACUUGGAAUCGAAGCGAUGGACUUGUUUGGUGACGUCGACGUCACUCAAGGCUACUUGGUCACGCAGAAGAUACCUGGCGCCACCGCGACGCUGGAUCAAGAUGGGGUCACGGCAACGAUUACUGGUAUCGACGACAUUCGACAAUUUAUUGCGCCCACUGACAUCAUCCGAUUUGGGUCUUCGUCGGCGAAUAACCUUCUUGGUACGAACGGGGACGCGCCGUUUACGGGGGUAACCGAGACCUCAAAAGUGAACGUUGCGCCGCAGUCUCCGAUAGUGACAGCAGCGAACCCUCCGUCGACGAGCAUGUUGUUCCCUGGCCAGCAGCUACGCAUUGAUGGCUUGGUGUACAAGGUCCAGCGAACAGGCCACGAAGUCCAAACCAUCACCACAUCAGUACCUGUGGGUUCGUGGCUGGCUAGUCAAGACGUCGACUACUACGCCCUGAAAUUCACCCGAGCGGGGACAACCUAUGGCCCGUCCAUUUGCUUUGCGGUCAACACACCGGCCGCCACACUACAAGCAAAGAUCCAAUUGAUGCUGCAAACCCAAGCGCCAGACGUGUUGGUGUCUCGAUCGGGUCCGGUUAGUGAUGGCACUACGAAAGGAUACAUGUACUCGGUCUAUUUCAACGGCGACUCCGUGACAGGGGACGUUGCGAAGCUCCAAACGAAAACUACGGGCUGUACGGGUUUUACGGGCGCUGCAGUUUCGGUUGGCGUCGUGACGCACGGUGGUAAGUUACCGCACCAGCGGAUUAUGCUCGCGACAGACUAUGAAGACGUGCAGGAUUCGACGGGCUACUUCACGAUCACGUUCAACAACGUGGACUCUGGCUGUAUCAAAUGGGGAGCUCCUGCGAGCGACGUGGAAUCAGCGCUGGAGAACACGCUAAAUACGGGGAACGUGAUAGUGACGAGAAGUGGCAACGGAACCUCGCAAACCGAGGUACAGCGGAUUCGAAUGACUGCGAAUACCGAGUUUACAGGAACGAAUGGGGUGUUUCAGGUUCAAUUGACGCUGAAUGGGCAGACGUUUGCAACCAGUUGCUUACCCUACGGCAUAUUGGCGGAGGAUCUCGAGGCUGCUCUCAAUGGACUGACUAAUGUAGGCGUCGCGAACAACGUCGACCACAUCAACGUCACUCGGACAGGUGACGGCCAAGAGGCUUUGGGCUAUGGAUACGAGUAUCUAAUCAAUUUCCAAGGACCCAUCAGUGGCGGCUUUAGCGUUGUCCUCGGCGAUGUACCGCAACUGCAGAUCGGCAACGUUGGCACAGGAGCGUGUGCGUCUGGAGCGGUUACUGGCAUUUACCCGGCGAUGAUGGUGGAGACGGUUCGGCAGGGCUACUCAGGAUAUACGUACGAUAUUUUCUUCCUGGGCUACAAAACGACGCCAGUUGUGACCCUGGUGACUCUUAAGAACGGAGACAUCGACAACGUCUGUGGGUGGGCGACAAGCGGAGGCAGCGCCCGGAAGGUUUCAGCAGAGUUGGUGGAGAUUGGAGGCAGCAGUGAAGUUCAAACUCUUACAAUCGUCGACACUACAGUCACCGGAGCGUACAAGAUAACGUGCGGCGGUCAAUCAUCAAGCUGCCUUCGCUUCACCGCAACGCCGACUCAAGUCGCUGCUGCCCUGAUAGCGCUCACGUCUGGUACAACGGGUGAUGUGUUGGUUUCAGGUGACUCCGAUUUUCUGCAAUAUCCGAAGGGAUACAUCUACCGCAUCACGUUUGUUGGAGAUCUCGUGACGGGAAACCUCCCAUUAAUCGGCGUUGUACAGUCAAGCGAUACAGCGUGUGCCAAUGCAGUUGCGACGAGUAACCUCGUAGUCAGUGGUGUUGCCGACGGAGGUGCUUUGACUGGAGACUUCGCGCUUACGAGUGUGUACGACGGGGAGAAUCCGAACACGCCGCACGUUGCGUACGGCGUCUCGCAACAGUUCAGCGUCAUGGACGAGCAGUUCGAGAUCCAGCAACUCAUCAUCUCCAACCCAAAUAAUAACAUCGCGUCCAAUGCAAAGUAUAAGCUGACGUUGCUGGGGACAGACACGAAUCCGAUUCCGUGGGACGCCAGCGAAAGCGCUCUCCAGACGGAACUGAUCAGGACCGUGCAAGCCGCGUUGGGCAUCACUGUGAACGUGGGCGCUAGUGACAUUAUCGUGACCAGAAGAACCAACGCAGACACGGCUCCGCAUGGUUUCGUCUACAUGAUUUACUUCAGCGGCUCAACGGUAGCUGGCAGCGUCGGAACCAUACCUGUGGUUACGGCAACGGCGCCGGACAUUGGCGCUACGAAUGUUCUGAUCUCAAGGAUUCGCAAUGGCGUGGGAGGAAUCUCGGCGUUAACUGCGAGCUCGAUUCCACUCGCUCUACCUGGUGAUUCUACCACAGCUUCGCCCUAUCUUUCAAGCGCUGGGCAGCAGCAGUUGGAUGUGUACAAGGUGAACGGGUUCCUUUGGACGAUCAAAUUCAAGUCAUCACUAGGAAAUAUUCCAAGACUUGGCAAACAAACCUCGGCAUUAUCCGGAGGAACGAUGACCAUCCUAGACGACUUUGUUCAGGGAUCGGCAUCCAACUCGUACGUCAUCACCAACCUCCUCGCUGGGAUUAACUACUACGCGCGCGUUGCUGCGUGGACCGACAUUGGCGUUGGCGCGUCCACGCCUUCAUCCUCUGCUAUACCAAGCAGUGCAGCCACCGGCGUGCAGAACCUCGCGUCAGGUUACGCAUUGUAUCAACGAGAAGUUCAAGAGGUGAGGCUGGCAGCUACUCACGUUACUGAGAUCCAGGAGAUCACCACUCAAGCGUCGAGUAUUCCGGAGGUCCAAACACUGCAGACUUCCGUGUUACCAGCUUCUUGUCCUGGUGGAUCGUGCAUCAGAGGAAGCCUGGCUUUCCGUGUCCCUACAGUGCAGACUGUGCGUAUUUGGGCCACCGCACCGAUCACUCAAGGAAGCUACACGUUGUUUUUCCAGAGGAAUGUGGCUAGUGGAGCUGGUACCUUCACGCUCUUGGGGACCAAGACGGCUGCUAUUCCUUACAACUCUGACGCGGCUGCGGUUACGACCGCGUUGACGUCUGUAGCUAACCCAGCGGUGACCACAGCCGACAUCAUUGUAACCCGAGAUGGCGACGGCACAGUGGACUACCAGUAUGGCUUCACCUUUCGGAUUACAUUUGUCGGGAACAACGUUGCUGGUGAGACGUUACCGAUUGUGUGUGGAGACAACUCGAUGGCAGGAACUGUAGGCGUUGUCGGACACUGCGAUGUGAGUAUGAACACAGACACAGCAAUGGGGACGGAUACUGCGGUUCAGCAAGUGGUUGUGAAGGCGAGCAAACCCUUGGCGGUGGGGUCGUACACGCUGCACUUUACGUAUGCCGGAGCAGAGAAAAUAUCUGACUGCAUCCCAUUCGAUGCAUCGGCGGACGCUAUGGACGCUGCGCUUGAAGCUAUGUCGAAUAUUGACAGCGUGUUUGUUACUCGUGAGGACUAUGCGGAUGAUACGACCAAGGGGUUCCUGUACAAGAUCUUCUUCCACGGUAAUGGAGUUUAUGGCGACACCCCCUUGCUCGAGUGGAAGAACACCGUGUGUACCGCAUUCCAGACGCAGGAGAAGAACGUGCUUACUGCCGUCGGUGUGAACGGCCAAGUGGCGAUCUCCAUGCUGGAUUAUGGCGGAUAUAAUGGAGAUAACACCUUCGUCGAUGCUGCCGCUGCCACGGCCGACGAGCUCACUGCAGACCUGAAUCGUCUUCCUGUAUUCGGGAAUGUCCUCGUGUCUCAGUCGCUGGCGGACGAACAGGGCGGAUACAUCUGGACGGUGGCGUUCGACGACUCGGAGGGGAAUUUACCGCAGUUUAUCUGUGCUGUGGACUCAACGUUUGCAGCGGUAACGAAUGCAGCCUGUACGACGGACACUCUGACGGAUGGCAACGUUCUAAGUGGCAGCUUCCUCAUUGAAUCCUCGUCUCCGAUCCCAUUCAACGCCGAUGCAGCGACGAUAAAAUCGACGUUGAAAGCGAUGGCUUGGGUCGGAACUGUACAGGUGAAGCGAUCGGGUCCAACCCCGCAGCUUGGAUAUACGUGGGCGAUCACAUUCCAGAACUAUGAAGGAGAUGCCCCCACGUUGCGAGUCACCAGCUCUCUCGUUGGAACAGGCAGUCAAAUAUCCGUGAAGGAGGUCCGGAAAGGCAACGCUUUACGUGGUACCUUCACGCUCGCGUAUGCCAGCUCCGUGACAGAUCUGAUCGCCUAUGAUGCGUCCGCGAUGGCUGCGACGGUAAACCCGGACGGAUCGUCGUUGCAAGAGAAGCUGGAGGCGCUGGACGUUGUUGGACGAGUCAGCGUUCAGCGCUCAGGACCCGACAAGGAAGGAGGGUACAGCUGGGUGGUGACGUUCCUGGACAACGUUUUGAACUCUGGAGACCUGCCACUGCUACAGGGCAACGCUAGCUCUUUGACGGGCGAAGGUGCGGUCGUGUUCACCCGAGAGGUGACCAAAGGGUCCAAUGCGGUGGGAGAUCAGCUGUGGUUGUCCUUUGAUCCACCGGCGACCGACAACGGCAGUCCCAUCACCAAGUACCAGGUCCGCUGGGAUACGUCGGCCAAGUUCACAGCCAACCCGGCGGACGUCUUCAUCACGGAUGCCGACGUGCUGUACCGGACGCAGCGUAUCACGACAGGCGCUCCCAGUCUGGCGUGGUCCAACAACAUGAUCCAGCCCACAGUCCCCGAGAUCCAGACGCUGAAGAUCAUUACGGCGGGGACGUUCACGCUGACCUUCCGCGGUGUAGCAACCGCGACGCUCACAGCUGGAGCCACGGCCCAAACGGUGGGCAUCACGUCGAUAGCCAGCCUCGAGGCAGCCCUUGAGGCGCUCGCCAGCGUCGGCUCUGUCGACAUUUCGUCGGCUGCGACUGCGUUGGCGGUGAACGCCGAGUUCCUCAUCACGUUCACGGCGCAGCCUGGCGCGCUGCCCCUACUAGCGCCGUCCCAUCUGACCGUCGCGUCGGUCGUGGAGACGCAAGCAGGGACGACCAACUUCCGCAAGGAGGUGGUGGUGUUCUCGUGCCAGGCAACAGCGGGGCAGGUCCGGUUCACGUACAACGGGGUGAACGCCGACAGCCUCAGCGUGUCGAGCGAUCCGGCGCAAACGCUCUUGUGCAGCGCAGCGAACCCGAAAGACGUCACGAUCGUCUUCGACCGCGUGUACGGCGACAUCAGCCUCACUAUCGCGAAGAAAGUUGCAGCGGGAGCCGACGCCGUCAUCACGCGCAACACCGACGCGUCCAUCGACGGCGUCUACAACGACAACCCCGCUCUCACCAUGAGCGGCACGUUCCAGGUGGGCUACCAGGGCCAGUACACGCGUCCACUGAACGCCGAGUCGAGUGCGGACCAGCUCCGGUACGCACUGGAGGACCUCGACUCGAUCCAGACGGUUGGCGUAUCAAGGCAGCUAUCGUACCAGCCGCUGCCAGGCAAGGUGGACGUGACGGAGGGCGAGAUUUUCGUCACGUGUUCUGCAGGCGAGGCGUGCGGCUUCUACUCUGCUGCGUACGGACUGCCCGGGUAUUCGAUUCGGAUCGGCGGUGACUGGUACACGGUUCGCACGGACGUGGUGUCUCCUGGGCUGUCGAGUACGCGGUUGUAUCUGGGUGACUUGAAUGGCCGUGAAGUUGGGUAUCUAGGCUUGACGCAGACAGGAGUGACGGUGCACGAGUGGUCGAAGGGGUACGUGUGGACUGUGGACAUGUUGAGCGUGGCGUCUCCACUCGGCUACAUCCGUGCCAAGGCACCAAGAUUGGUCCCAGAGGAUGCAAGUGUGGAAAUAUCUGGAAGUAGAUGCGAUAAAUGUUACUAUUUGCCGACACAGACAUCCAAGAAACUCACGAUGGGGCAGAAAUACUACAUCGAAGAUUACGCUUACAAUGAUAAUGGCAAGGGAGACGUCCCGGUGGGCGGCCCGACCACGGUUCAAGUGUUCCCCAACCAUGGCUGCGCCAACUUCAACGGUCAAACGUACUCACUGUACUACUACACGUACCCGCCAGCGAUCCUCUCCGGCUCGUCCAUCCAGGGCUCACCGCCGUUCCGCUACGUCAUUUCCGGUCUUACAGCUGCCAAGACGUACUACGUGAGAGUGGCGGCGGUCAAUUCUGUUCCAGUGCAGCAGGUUGCGUUGAGUGGGGAGCCCCCGGACAACCGCCAAUGGAGUUAUUAUCUGUCGGCGACUACUGCGGAUCGGGUCCCUGAUCCGCCGCUGACCGUCUACCUGAAUCCGUAUUCCGCUACGAUACUCGAGCUGCAGAUUCAGCCGUCGACGCGCGACGGACAGGGGACAAACGGCGCCGGAAUUACCGGCUUUUGGAUUGAUGUGGAUACUGUGUCGACGUUCGAUUCGGCUACGAAGACGGCUCCUGUCGAAGUCCUCAGCCCUAGUGCGUUGAUCCCGGAGCUGUACACUGGUGGGUCGCGGAUCUACUACCUGACCGGGCUUACAACCGGCACGCGCUACUACGCGCAGGUGAAGCUAAUUAACGUGAUAGGGUACAGUCGCGCAACCAUCGCACCAGCACCACAGAUCCCGACUAAGCAUCCAAGCGGCCCGGUCAACGUCAAGGUCAGUACGUUGACGGUCUCGUCAACUCCGAUCACCUCAGCAACGGUGUCGUGGCAAGUUCCUCCAGACAACAGCGGGUUGUCACCCACAGGUUACAAGGUGGAGUGGUGGCGCUCAGAUUCCCGUCCAGAGAUUCAAACUGUCGAGUUGAAGUGGACGACGCAGCCGACGGCAGCUCCAUUUAGUCUCUCAUUCGGUGGGUUAACGACGCCGGACUUGCCGAUGGACAUCUCGGCUGCGAACCUGCGCUUCGCUCUGAUGAGCCUGGCGUCAGCUACUAGCAUCCCGAUUGGACACAUCACGGUGACUCGGUCUGCGGUGAAUAUCGUGCAAGGAUACCAGUGGACCGUGACAUUCGACAACGUGAACGUGAACGCUGGGAAUCAACCGCUACUCCAGUUCUACCAAGACCCAACAGCAAUUACGGGCGGAGCGGGUGUUGUCGGCCGAACGUUUGAAGUGCAGUCGGGUAUCGCCCCACCUGCCGGAAAUGUGUUCCCAGGGAAGCAGGAGGUGCAAGUUCUGGUGACGUAUCAUGCCACCACGACAGUCGGUGGGUACUUCCGACUGAGCUAUAAGGGGUCGGCGUGGACGAACUUCUUGCCUGCUACCGUGAGUGCUGCAAACCUCAAGCUCGCGUUGGAAGCACUGCCGACAAUCGGCGUUGUGACGGUGAACGCGGAGACGAUGUUGCUGAGUGGAGCGGCGUGGUCGAUCGGCAGGGUGUGGACCAUCACGUUCGAGUCGAAUGUGGGGAACCUGGCGCCACUUAUCGUGGAUACAUCGAGAAUCACACCGACAACAGCGUAUGUUUUGAUCAAGGAUGGAGAAAACGCGGUGGGCACGACAGGAUUGCUCUGUCUACCCGAUGGAACGACCGGUUGUCCUGGCUCAUGGCCUGCGGGUUUGAAGAAUCUGAUGCAACAGGCUGCACCACUCAAGACCAUAGCGCAACUCGCUACGCCCGGUGAAGCUGCAGUGGAGCCUGACGCCAGGACUAUCCUACCAAGUAGCGGUGGCAGCCAAGAACCCGAAGGGCUUAGGAGAUCGCACACAUUCAUCGCCUGCAGCAGUGACGCCACCGCUACAGGUUCCAGGACCUCCUGUUAA